CCGGUAUGACCUUUAAUUGAAUCGCAAAGCAGAAAAGCGAGAACCAUGGCGGCGGUCUUGUUGGCGAGAUUGUACUUUCGCUGUGUGGUACGCUUUUCUGACCGAGAGUACAAAGGUUGAAGGAAUAAUACUGUGGAAAUUGAAACAGGAAAAAAAAUGAGUCACUCCAGUGAAUCCAGUGAAUCAGAUGAUGGAGGAGACGAUCAAGAAGGGUCUUCUUUUUCGGAAACAAACAUUGAGGAUGCUCUAACAUCUUUCAGAGAGCAAUGGCAGCGUGAAUUAGAAAUAUCGCCAAAACGAGAUCGACCAAAAACUCAAUCCACAAAAGCAGUUAAAGUUGAUGUUUCUAAUGAUGAAGAAUCUAUUGAAAGCAAGGCAAAAAAUUUAUUUUUGAAAGGAAUUGAAUAUGAGGAAAGAAGGAAGUUCUAUGAAGCAAUUCAGUUCUAUAAACGUGCUGUGUUAUUAGUUCCUGAUAUUGAAUUUCGUUUAUAUGAAUCAACUAAAGUAAAAACAAAUGAUGAUGGUCAUGAAGGAUUUGAUAAUGAUAUAAAUAAUAUUGAUGAUAAUGUUGAAAACCAUAAUGAAGAAGAUGAAGAAGAAAGUGAUUUAUAUGUUAAAUUAUGCAAAAUCGUAAAUCAAAAUAAAUGCGUUUGUUUUCCUAAAUUUGAACAAACAACAACACAUAUUUCUGCCUUGCCUAUGGAAAUAGUAUUAUAUAUUCUAAGAUGGGUUGUAUCCUCAGAACUUGACUUAAGAUCUCUUGAAAUGUUCUCCAGAGUAUGUCGUGGAUUUUACAUAUCUGCAAGAGAUACAGAAAUCUGGAGACUUGCUUGUAUUAGAGUAUGGGGUGUGAAUUGUGGAACUUAUGCUCCAAAAUAUCAAUCAUGGAGAGACAUGUAUUUGCAACGGCCUAGACUGAGAUAUAAUGGAUGUUAUAUUAGUAAAACCAGUUACAUUCGUGAUGGUGAAAAUAGUUUCCAAGAUCGAUUUUAUAGACCUUGGCAUCUGGUGGAAUACUUCAGGUACCUGAGAUUUUUUCCGGAAGGAAGAGUUUUGAUGCUAACUUCAACUGAUGAGGCCCAAAGUUGCGUAAAUUCUUUAAAAUAUCGUACUCCGCGCAAUUCAUCGGUUCUUAUUGGUCAUUAUAGAUUACAUGAUAAUUGCGUCAUUUUAAUGCUCAAAAAACAAGAAAUAAAAGGAGUUAGUACAUAUAGAAAAAAGAAAAAAGAAACUAUGCAUGAUAGUGGGGAACAAACAUUUCAUAUUGAAUUUGAAAUUCAAGAUCACCAUAGACGGUUAAAUUCGCAAUUGAAAUGGUUAAGUUAUACAAUAUUUACAAAGUAUAGAAAUGGCCAUGAAGCGAAAAUGUGUUUAAAGGAACCGUCUGUAAGAGAAUGGAGAGUAUCAGCUAUUGGUGGACGAUAUCCAUCACUUAAAUUUAGCAGAGUUAAAAGUUAUACUCAAGAAAGUGAAGCUCCUUUACAGUAAUUGUAAUUAAAUAUAAAUUUGGUGGUUUUGAUUAUGUAAAAAUAUAUAAUGAAAUGAAAAUUUAAGAGAAGACUAUA